GCAAGGUUAUUUCCUGUAGAUAGCACUGUUUCAACAUGUGUUGCUGUGAAUAAUUAACCAGUUCCAAUCUGAAACAGAGCCAAAUCCACUGGAAUCCACAGGACACACCCACAAACCUUUCACAUCAUUAGCAGUGUGGGUGUGUGUGUCCCUUAACACAUAAUGCUUUAAUUCAGUCCCACACACCCAACCUGUCCUUCUCAUACAUAAAACUCAACCACACCCAGAGAAAAGGGCGGGUCUAAGAGACUGUGUGUUUGAGUGUUAGCCAAUCAGAGCCGAGGAAAAGAGGAGGAACAGGUUUAAACCUUGUAUCCGCAUUCAGACAACCAGCAUUCAGUCCGGAUACAAUCCAGAGCAACACACAGAGAACUGAACCGCAGUCAGCAUGCAGAGCCCGGGACUUCGGGGCCGCACCCUCUCUGAGGACCAGUUCUCCUGCUCCAUCUGCUUGGAGGUGUUUGUGGAGCCGGUCUCCACCCCCUGCGGACACAGCUUCUGCAAGGCCUGCCUGCAGGGCUACUGGGACCACAGUAAGAAGGUGGUGUGCCCCAUGUGCAAGAAGAGCUUCUCCAGGAAGCCGGAGCUGUGCGUGAAUCGAGUGCUGGCUGAAAUAGCCGAGCAGUUCCAGGGUCUGACCGUGGCCCCGGCUGUGUGCAGCACCGACGGGGGGGCUGCAGCUGCUGCCAGUGCCUCUCCUGGGACCCCGCGAAAGGACCAGGAUGGAGGCGAGUUCGCCAAACCCGGAGACGUGCCCUGCGACGCCUGCAUCGGGAGGAAGAUGAAGGCCCUGAAGUCCUGCCUCAGCUGUCCCGGCUCCUUCUGCGAGGCCCACCUGCGCCACCACAGGAAGGAGAAGACCAUGGCCAAGCACAAGCUGGUGCAGCCCAUCCUUCACCUGGAGGAGAAGCUGUGCAAGAGGCACCAGCGUCUUCUGGAGGCCUACUGCUGCAGUGAUCACGUGUGCGUGUGCAGGGAGUGUGCAGAAGUGGCUCACAAAACUCACGAGAUCACCUCAAUCGACCGGGAGUACAAGAAGAAAAUGAGCCAGGUGGGGAAGAGGAGAUCAGAAAUGAAACAUCUGAUCAAGGAGAGAGCCAAGAAACUGGAGGAGAUCAAACAGUCUAUUAAGGUCAUUAAGUCUAACAGUCAGCGUGAGAUCGAGGAGAGCUGGGCGGUGUAUGCAGAGCUGCAGAAGCUGCUGGAACAGAGUCAGGCUCAGCUGGUGGAGCAGAUCACGGCCCGGCAGAAGCUGGCGGAGCAGCAGGCCCGGGACACGGCCGGCCGCCUGGAGCACGAGCUCAACCUGCUGAAGAACCGCAGCUCCGACCUGGACGCUCUCGCCCACACCCAGGAUAAAGUGCUCUUCAUGCAGCACCUGAACUCUCUCCCUCCUCCCCCCGAGCCCACUGAUUGGACAGGUGUAUCAGUGAACACGGAUCUGUACCUGGGUACGAUCAGGACGUCCGUCAGCACCCUCGUCGAGAGAUUCCAGGAGGAGGUGAAGCGUCUGUACGGGAAAGAGCUCAGAAGAAUGCAGAACUACUCAAGUGAGGUGUUUAUGGACUCGGCUACAGCUCAGCGUAAUCUGGUGGUGUCGGAGGACGGGCGGCAGGUGCAUUAUGAGGAAUCCCGUAAGACGGCGUCCGACAGCCCGCGCCGCUUCAGCCCCGCCCUGUUCGUGCUGGGCCGCGAGGGUCUCUCCUCCGGCAGGCACUACUGGGAGGUGGAGGUGGGCCGGAAGACGGCCUGGACGGUGGGCGUGGCCCGAGGCUCCACCCGUCGUAAAGGAGAUCUCAAGCUGAGUCCGGAAGGUGGGUUCUGGUGUCUGUGGCUGAAGAAUGGCGAGGUGAAAGCUCUGGCCUCCAGCAGGAUUCCCCUCCAGCUGCCCACGCUGCCCCAGAAACUGGGCGUGUACCUGGAUCACGAAGGCGGGCAGGUGUCCUUCUACGACGUGAAGGCCCAGAAUCAUCUCUACACCUUUAUGGACACAUUCGGAGAGAGCGUUCACCCCAUCUUCAGCCCCUGCGUUCACCAGGACGGCAAGAACGCCGGAGCUCUGACCAUCACUGCGGUGAAGCAUGGCUGAAGAAGAGUGGAAAAAGGACAGUGCUGAACAUUAUGAAGGAAUUACUUAAAUACCGUUUACUCAGAAAGAUGUACAGGAGUUGGACAAUGAAACUGAAACACCUGUCAUUUUAGUGUGGGAGGUUUCAUGGAUAAAUUGGAGCAGCCUGGUGUUCAAUCUUCAUUAAUUGCACAUUAUUGCACCAGUAAGAGCAGAGUGUGAAGGUUCAAUUAGCAGGGUAAGAGCACAGUUCUGCUCUAAAUAUUGCAAUGCACACAACAUUAUGAGUGACAUACCAGAGUUCAAAAGAGGACAAAUUGAUGGUGCACGUCUUGCUGGAGCAUCUGUGACCAAGACAGCAAGUCUUUGUGAUGCAUCAAGAGCCACGGUAUCCAGGGUAAUGUCAGCAAACCACCAAGAAGGACCAACCACAUCCAACAGGAUUAACUGUGGACGCUGUAAGAGGAAGCUGUCUGAAAGGGAUGUUCUGGUGCAAAAAACAUAAAACCACGGCUGAUCAAAUCACGACAGAAUUCAAUGUGCACCUCAACUCUCCUGUUUCCACCAGAACUGUCCGUCACCACAAUAAAUUACUGUGCUCUAAAACCAGGUGUUUCAGUUUCAUUGUCCAACCCCUGUAUAAAGAUUUUAAUCUCUGGUUGAUGGAAAAACAUAAUUGAUUCAAUCAUCAUUUAAUCAAUAACUGUGAAUGUUUUCGAUGUUUAGAUUUGACGUUAGUGUUGAUUAUAAACAGACGUCUGAAGUGAUUAACGUUUCGUAAAACUCCCUCCUAGCUUUUACGCUGUCCUUUUCCCCCAAAAUCUUACCGGAAAAAAAUCUCUUGGCCUGAGUUGCUUGUCUCUUUAUAUGUAAAUUUUUAUCCAGACCACCAGUUUUGAGCAGUGAUCAGUAAGCCUCGCUCACAAGAUAGCACCCCACAACUUAUACAAUGCAGAGCUCCACUAUCAGUCCCAUGAGAGAAAAAAAAUUAGCAUUGUCUUGCCAAGAGCACAAUGCUCAUUGCUUAAUCAACCUCCUCACUCACAAGAUAGCACCUCACAACUUACACUUACAUACAAGUUUAGGCGUUCCCAACCCAUUCCUUGACUUAAUACAUCCUAUAUAAAUAUAUCGCCUUACAUACUGCUCUCCCACGACUUUGGCAUGGCAUUGUACAAAUUGAUAUACUGCUAAUUUUUGCAUUUAGAAAUGUAAAAUCUCUGUAAUAAAUGUAAUAAAUUACUGAUAAGUUACUAAAUGUACAUAAUCUAAUACUGAUAUACGGGUUAAUGAAGAAUUAAUACUUUUUACGUGAUUGAAGGAUUACUUUAAAUAUAAGCUACUUUUACAAUGUUCUAUUUUCUUUUUUUUCCCCCAAAUGUAUAACUAGUUUUGUGGUUAUUAUGUUUUAAAUAAUAAUAACAGGCUAUGAUAUGUUUUAUCAGGGUACUAUAACUAUGUACAAUUUUCUCUGUUUACAUUUUCUUAAAUUUUUAAUAAAAUAAAUAAAGUGCUCUUUUACUAUU